GUGCACGUGCGUGUGUGUUUUUGUGGCAGCGGCAGGAGCGCGUUGACUUCACACACAAACACACUCUUUUCUGGGCCUGUCCUGAUGGUGUCUGUCCUGUCUUGUGCUCCAGAUGAGCUGCUGGAUGUAACCUGGCUCCAUGAGUGCUAUGAAUGACUCCCUGGAUGAGACGCGCAGCCUCGGGGAGAAAGCGGCCAUAUUUCGGGGAACGAGAGGCAGUGGGAACGUCGUUGGGUCGGCCUUCAUCCCAUUGCGCUCGCCCUUGCAACCACCCAAUGCUGUGGUCUCCACACUCCUCAAGGGAAAUAGGAAAAGUAUAGAGGUGGACGAAACACAGAUGAGACCCGUCCCGAAUCCCUUCCCAGAGUUGCUGCCGUCCACUGUCUCUCUACUGUCUGAGUGUCUGUUACCCUGGACCAAAACCAGUGCGACUCAGGUAAUCAAAGUGUACAGUGAAGACAACACCAGCCGUGCAGUGGAGGUGCCCAGUGACAUCACUGCCCGGGACAUAUGCCAGCUGUUCAUCCUGAAGAACCACUGCAUUGAUGACCACAGCUGGACCCUGUUUGAGCAGAUGCCACAUCUGAGUAUCGAGAGAACCAUAGAAGACCAUGAGUCAGUUAUGGAGGUUCAGUCAGGCUGGGGAAUGGACUCUCACUGCUGUCUGUACUUCAGGAAGAAUUAUGCCAAAUAUGAGUUCUUCAAGAAGCCUCUAGACUUUUUCCCAGAGCACAUGGUGUCUGUAUCCAGUGAAAGCAAUGGAAUCAUGAACCACUCACAACUUAUACAGACCUUUCUCAGUUCCAGCUCUUGUCCUGAGAUUCACGGAUUCCUUCACGCCAAAGAGCACGGCAGGAAAUCCUGGAAGAAGUUCUACUUUGUGUUACGAAGAUCAGGCCUGUACUUCUCCAACAAGGGCACAUCAAAGGAACCCAGACACUUGCAGUUCAUAGCGGAGUUCGGUGACAGUGACGUCUACACGUUAUUAUCUGCCAAAAAAGUUUACGGCGCCCCGACAGACUACGGCUUCUGUGUGAAGGCAAGCAAGUCGAAUUCUGCACGUGACCUGAAACUGCUCUGUGCGGAUGAUGAGCAAACCAGGACAUGUUGGGUUACAGCCAUGCGCCUCUUCAAGUACGGCAUGCAGCUUUACCAGAACUUCAUCCAGCCCUAUCAGAAGCAGAAGAGUUCUCCAAUGAGGAAAAGCUGCCACAGGCUGAGCUCUCAUGGUAGUCCGUCCACCUCUCAGAGCUCCAUGUCCAGUAUAGCUAUCCAUGUGGCUCAGCCGUGGUUUCACAGCAAACUGUCCCGGGACGAGGCUCAGAAACUAAUCACCCAGCAGGGCCUCAUCGAUGGGGUGUUUCUGGUAAGGGACAGUCAAAGUAACCCGAGGACAUUUGUUCUGUCACUGUGCCAUACGCAGAAAAUCAAACACUUUCAGAUUGUACCGAGGACACUGGGUAAUCGCUGUCGCUGUCUGCCUGACAUGGCCGGGGGAAGAGGGAUGUGGAGCAUGAAGAAAAUGACUCACAGCGGGGACGAGUGCUACACAAGCUCGCGUGUUUUCCCUGAGCGUCCGGGGAUCUGCUAA